AUGGACUCAGUGGCGGAUCCUGACAGCGACCGACCCCUGAACAGCCUCGGUGUCACCCCCCUGCGCAAACCUCGAACCUCCCUGGAGACCUUCAAAAAGGUGGGGGUCCCCAUCAUCGCCGCCGUGCUGAGUCUGGCCACCAUCAUUGUCGUCGCUGUCCUCAUUAAAGUGAUCCUGGACAAGUACUAUUUCCUCUGCGGGCAGCCCCUCCACUUCAUCCCCCGGAGACAGGUGUGCGAUGGGGAGGAGAACUGUGCCUCGGGGGAGGACGAGCAGCACUGUGUCAAGAACUACCCCGAUGGGCCCCCGGUAGGAGUCCGCCUCUCCAAGGACCGAUCCACCCUCCAGGUGUUAGACCCCAGCACGGGGGCCUGGGCCUACGUCUGUUAUGACAACUUCACGGAAACUCUGGCCAAGACAGCCUGUGGACAGAUGGGCUAUAACAGCGAACCCACCUUUCGAGCAGUGGUGAUGGAGCCAGCCCAGGAUCUGGAAGUCGCUGAAGUCACAGAAAACGGCCAGGAACUUCGUGUGCAGAACUCGAGUGGACCAUGUCUCUCAGGCUCCCUGGUCUCCCUGAAUUGUCUUGCCUGUGGGGAGAGUCUGAAGGCCCCUCGGGUGGUGGGCGGGCAGAAGGCCUCUGUGGAUUCUUGGCCUUGGCAGGUCAGCGUCCAGCACAACAAACAGCACAUCUGUGGAGGGAGCAUCCUGGACCACCGCUGGAUCCUCACAGCAGCCCACUGCUUCAGGAAACACCUGGAUGUGUCCAAUUGGAAGGUGAGGGUCGGCUCAGACAAAUUGGGCAGCUUCCCAUCCCUGCCUGUGGCCAAAAUCUUCAUCAUUGAGUUCAACACCAUGUACCCCAAAGAAAAGGACAUUGCUCUCGUGAAGCUGCAGUCCUCGCUCACGCUCUCAGGUACAGUCAGGCCCAUCUGCCUGCCCUUCUCUGAUGAAGAGCUCACGCCAGCCACCCCGCUCUGGGUUAUCGGAUGGGGCUUUACAGAACAGAAUGGAGGGAAGAUGUCUGACGCGCUGCUGCAGGCAUCCGUUCAGGUCAUUGACAGCACUCGGUGCAACGCAGAGGAUGCCUACCAGGGGGAAGUCACAGAGAAGAUGCUGUGUGCAGGCAUCCUGGAAGGCGGCGUGGACACCUGCCAGGGUGACAGCGGAGGGCCCCUGAUGUACCAGUCUGACCAGUGGCAAGUGGUGGGCAUUGUGAGCUGGGGUCACGGCUGUGGGGGGCCCAGCACUCCAGGAGUCUACACAAAAGUCACAGCCUACCUCAACUGGAUCUACACUGUCCGGAAGGCUGAGCUGUGAUGCUGCUGCUCCUCUUUGGGGCCGGGGGCGCUUCCUCCUUGCCCAGCCUGGCCCGCCUGGGGAUCCCAC